AAAAGCAACGACAGCAACAGCAAAAGCAAAAACAACGAUCGGCAAACAAGAGAAUUUUUUGUUUUUAUCAAAAUUUGAACAAUCGGCAAAGACAAGAAAAAACGAAAUUAUGACAUCCAUAGGAAUUAUGACACUGAGCCGUGGCCCGUACAGCGAGCUCGAUAAAAUGAGCCUUUUUCAAGACCUCAAACUCAAACGGCGGAAAAUCGAUUCGCGAUGCAGCAGUGACGGCGAGUCCAUAGCGGACACGUCCACCUCGUCGCCGGAUCUGCUGGCGCCCAUGUCGCCGAAGCUCUGCGACGGCGGAUUGGGCCCAGGGGCAUCGUCGGUGGGGGUGGGGGGUGUGUCCCUGAACCUGCCCCUGCCGCUGCCCAUGUCGCUGCCCCUGCCCCUGCCCUUGCCACUGACUUCGGCCUCUUCGGCGACGGCGGCGGUCACCGUUUCGCUGGCAGCGGUGGUGGCGGCAGUGGCCGAGGGAUCCGGUGGAGGAUCGGUAGCCGGGACGACAGUGGUGACGGCCUCGGUGGCGGGACCCUGCGUCUCCACCUCCUCGACGACGACGGCGGCGGCGGCCAGCUCCUCGACCCCCUCCUCGCUAUCGUCCUCGCUAUCCUCCUCCUCCUCGUCAUCGUCGACCAACUCCUCCAGCAGCAGCAGCACCUCCACCACCGCAGGAGCCACCUCCUCCACCACGGCCACCUGUCCAGCCAGCAGCAGCAGCAGUAGCAAUAAAAGCGGAGGCAGCAUCAAGCAGGAGCUCCACACGGAGAUCCACUCCUCGAGCAGCGCGAUUUCGGCGGCAGCCGCCUCCACGGUGAUGUCACCGCCGCCCGCAGAGCCGGCGAGAUCGAGUCCAGAAACGCCCACAAACGAAUCGGGAUCGGGAGGAGCAACAGGAGGAUCAGGAGGAUCAGCAACUGGAGGAUCUGCAAUCAAUGAACACCAAAACAAUGGCAACGGAAGCGGGGGCAGCAGUCGCGCCUCGCCCGAUUCGCUGGAGGAGAAGCCCUCGACCACGACGACGCCCACGAAUGGGGUGAUGUCAUCCGGAGGAGGAGCAGGAAAUGGAGGAGGAGCCACCGGAAGCAGCGCCAAGCUGAGCGAGGCGGGAAUGAGUGUGAUACGCUCCGUUAAAGAGGAGCGUCUGCUCAGCGUCUCCAGCAAGAUGAUGGCCUUCCACCAGCAGCGGGAGCAGGAGAGCAAGGCGGCGGGACAUGUGACGGUUCUAGUGACGCCCUCGAGGAUCAAAUCGGAGCCACCGCCACCCGCCUCGCCCUCCUCCACAUCCAGCACUCUAAGGGAAAGGGAAAGGGAGAGGGAAAGGGAGAGAGAAAGGGAAAGGGAACGAGAUAGAGAGCGGGACAUCAGCUCCUCGCAGCAGCAUCUGAGCAGCAGGAUCUCGGCCAGCGGUUCGCCGCCCACUCAGCUGGGACACGGACAGGGCGCCAUGGGAGCCACCAUCGUCCAGACGCACCAUCUCCACCAGCAACUCACCCAGCCACUGACUUUGCGCAAGAGCAGCCCGCCCACGGAGCAUUUGCUCAGCCAGUCGAUGCAGCAUCUCACCCAGCAGCAGGCCCUCCACCUGCACCACCUGCUCGGCCAGCAGCAGCAGCAGCAGGCGUCGCAUCCCCAGCAGCAACAGCAACAGCAGCAACAGCAACAGCAGCAACAGCAGCAGCAGCAGCAACACUCGCCGCACUCCUUGGUGCGCGUGAAGAAGGAACCGAAUGUGGGCCAGCGGCACUUAUCGCCCCAUCACCAGCAGCAAUCGCCGCACCUGCAACAGCAACAGCAGCAGCAACACCUACACCAGCAGCAGCAGCAACACCUACACCAGCAGCAACACCACCAGCAGCAGCAGCAACCACAGGCGCUGGCCCUCAUGCAUCCCGCCUCGUUGGCGCUGAGGAACAGCAACCGGGAUGCGGCCAUUCUGUUUCGGGUGAAGAGCGAGGUGCACCAGCAGGUGGCCGCCGGGCUGCCGCAUCUGAUGCAGUCCGCCGGCGGAGCAGCGGCGGCAGCAGCGGCGGCAGUGGCCGCCCAGCGGAUGGUCUGCUUCAGCAAUGCGCGGAUCAACGGGGUCAAGCCGGAGGUGAUUGGCGGACCGCUGGGCAAUUUGCGACCGGUGGGUGGAGGUGGCAACGGAGGAGGCGGUUUGAGUGGCGGCGGAGGAGGAGGGGGCUCAUCCGUGCAAUGCCCCUCGCCGCAUCCCUCCUCCUCCUCCUCCUCGUCGCAGCUGUCGCCGCAGACGCCCUCGCAGACGCCGCCCCGCGGCACGCCCACCGUCAUCAUGGGCGAGAGCUGCGGGGUGCGGACCAUGGUCUGGGGCUACGAGCCACCGCCGCCAACGGUGGGUCAGUCGGUGGGGGGACAGCAGCAACAGCAGCAGCAUCCCCAGCAGCAACAGCAGCAACAGUCGCCGCACCACCAGCCGCAACAGCAGCAGCAGCAGCAACACUGCCUCUCCUCGCCCUCCGCCGGCUCCCUGACGCCCUCCUCCUCCGGCGGCGGCUCGGUGGGCGGACCCCUGACGCCCUCGUCCUCGGUGACGCCGCAGAACAACGAGGAGGCCGCCCAGCUGCUGCUCUCCCUGGGACAGACGCGCAUCCAGGACAUGCGGGCCAGGCCGCAUCCCUUCCGCACGCCGCAUGCCCUCAACAUGGAACGCCUGUGGGCGGGCGACUACUCGCAACUGCCGCCCGGUCAACUGCAGGCCCUCAAUCUGAGUGCCCAGCAGCAGCAGUGGGGCAGCAGCAACUCGGGCGGCGGACUGGGCGGCGGAGUGGGCGGAGGACUGGGCGGAAGGGGCGGAGGCCUGGAGGCGCCGCACGAGCCAACCGACGAGGACGAACAGCCGCUCGUCUGCAUGAUCUGCGAGGACAAGGCCACUGGGCUGCACUACGGCAUCAUCACGUGCGAGGGGUGCAAGGGCUUCUUCAAGCGGACGGUGCAGAACCGACGCGUCUACACCUGCGUGGCGGACGGCACCUGCGAGAUAACCAAAGCACAGCGCAACCGUUGUCAGUAUUGUCGAUUUAAGAAGUGCAUCGAGCAGGGCAUGGUGCUGCAAGCCGUUCGCGAGGAUCGCAUGCCGGGCGGUCGCAACAGCGGCGCCGUCUACAAUUUGUACAAGGUGAAGUACAAGAAGCACAAGAAGACCAACCAGAAGCAGCAGCAGCAGGCCGCCCAGCAGCAGCAGCAGCAGCAACAGGCGGCGGCGCAGCAGCAACACCAGCAGCAGCAACACCAGCAGCAGCAGCAACAUCAGCAGCACCAGCAGCUGCACUCGCCGCUGCACCAUCACCACCACCAGGUGGGUCACCAGUCGCACCACCCGCAGCAGCAGCACCACCCGCAGCUGUCGCCGCACCACCUGUUGUCGCCGCAACAGCAGCAACUGGCCGCCGCGGUGGCCGCAGCUGCGCAGCACCAACAGCAGCAGCAGCAACAGCAACAGCAGCAGCAGGCCAAGCUGAUGGACAUGAAGCCCAUGUUCCUGGGACCGGUGCUCAAACCGGAGCUUCUCCAGGCACCGCCCAUGCACAGUCCGGCGCAGCAGCAGCAACAGUCGUCGCCGCAUCUCUCGCUCAGCUCGCCGCACCAGCAGCAGCAGCAGCAACAGAAUCACCACCAGCAACAGCAACCAGGUGGAGUAUCUGGGGCACAACUGCCGCCGCAUCUCGUAAACGGAACGAUACUGAAAACGGCGCUGACCAAUCCCAGCGAGAUUGUGCAUCUGCGCCACCGCCUCGACUCGGCGGUGAGCUCCUCGAAGGACCGGCAGAUCUCCUACGAGCACGCCGUGGCCAUGAUCCAAACGCUGAUCGACUGCGAUGCCAUGGAGGACAUCGCCACGCUGCCGCACUUCAGCGAGUUCCUCGAGGACAAGUCGGAGAUCAGCGAGAAGCUGUGCAACAUCGGCGACUCGAUUGUGCACAAGCUGGUGUCGUGGACCAAGAAGCUGCCCUUCUAUCUGGAGAUCCCCGUGGAGAUACACACCAAGUUGCUGACGGACAAGUGGCAUGAGAUACUCAUCCUGACGACGGCCGCCUAUCAGGCGUUGCAUGGCAAGCGGCGGAGCGGCGACAGCGGCAGCAGCAGGCACAGUUCACCAGCCUCGACGCCCUCGACGCUGGUUACCUCGCCACCGGGAACGCCCAAUGCCUCGCCCGCCGCCCAGCCGCUGCACAAGGACGAUCCGGAGUUCGUGAGCGAGGUGAACUCGCAUCUGAGCACCCUGCAGACCUGCCUGACCACGCUGAUGGGUCAACCGAUUGCCAUGGAGCAGCUGAAGCUGGACGUUGGCCAUAUGGUGGAUAAGAUGACCCAGAUCACGAUCAUGUUCCGGCGCAUUAAGCUCAAGAUGGAGGAGUACGUUUGCCUGAAGGUCUACAUACUGCUGAACAAAGCAGAAGUGGAACUGGAGAGCAUCCAGGAGCGGUAUGUCCAGGUGCUGCGCUCCUACCUGCAGAACUCCUCGCCGCAGAAUCCGCAGGCGAGGCUCAGCGAGCUGCUCUCCCACAUACCAGAGAUCCAGGCUGCCGCCAGUCUGCUGCUCGAGAGCAAGAUGUUCUAUGUGCCCUUCGUGCUCAACUCGGCGAGCAUAAGGUAGCAGAUGCUUGAGCACGGCCUGCUGCCAGAUCCUCCGGGUUCUCCGGGUUCUCCGGUUUCUCCGCUGCAGGAGCGCCGGCGGCUGAGGCAGCAGCAGCAGCAGCAGCAACAGUUGCUGCGCGAUCUGCCCAAGAUUAAGAUCGAGAUUGGGCAGGCACAGGAGCAGCCAGAGGAGGAGGAGCAGCCAGAGGAGGAGCAACAGGAGGAGCCAUCCCGAUCCACGUCCAUUUUAAAGACUUCGCUGCUCAGUGGAGCGGCGGCCACUUUGGCCACCUUGACGGCGGCUGCCGAGCAGAUAGCCCGAUCCUCCCACAGCAGCAGCAGCAACAACAGCAGCAGCAACAGUUUAGAAGAGAGCAAAAGACUUGAGCAUCAACAACAACAACAGCAACCACAACAGCAUCAGCAGCAACAAUAUACAUCAAUACUACACACGGCCUUAAUGUCACAGCGUUCGAUGCCAGCAGCAGCAACAUCAACAGCAGCAACAACAGCAGCAACAUCAACAGCAGCAACUACAUCGCCCACGCCUGCGCAUGUGCUGAAAACAGCGGUGACCUUGGCCAGUCUAAGUGAGAUAGCCACUGCACGCCAGCAGCAGCAGCAGCAAUUGCUGGCGUUGCAGCAGCAACAGCAACAGAAACUGCCCAGAAGGAUAAUCAACUUUGGCAGCAGCACUGCCACCAAAGGAUUGGGAGCAGGAGCAGCAGCAGCAGCAGCAGCAGCAGCAGCAGCAGCAUCAGUGGGCAUGGCAACAGCAACAGCAACACUUGGACGCAGCAGCAACAGCAACAAUCGCCAGCAACUGGUCCCCAGUCAAGUGGGCCAAGUGGCGAAUGCAACAGCGCGUCUGCUCAACGGCAACUGUUGCGGCCGAUUGCAGGCGACCGGCAGCAGCAACAGCAGCAGCAACAACAGCAACAACAGCAACACGGUCAACAUGGAAACCCAGACCGACGAGGAGUUGCUGCCACAGCUGCUAGCCAUGCCCCCACAAGCAGCAACAUUAUCAUUAUCGCCAUCAAAAUCACCAUCACCAUCAGCAACAUCAACGAUUUCAUUAGCAAUGCAGCAGCAGCAGCAGCAGCAGCAACAACAAUGGACUGCCGUGUCGACGACGCCGGCAACAGGAGUGAUGAUGACGACGACGACGACACAAUCACAAGCAACAUUAGCACCACAACAACAGCAACAACCACUGCCACAACCACAACAAUUGAAUACAGAAAUCAACAGAAAAACAAAAAGAACAACCAAAACCAAAACAACAACCAGAACAACACACAAAAUCAGCAACAACAACUUCAACUUCAACAAUAACUAUAACAAUAUGAAUAACAACAAUAAUAUAAACAACACUGCCAGAGAAUCUGCCUCUGCCUUCGCCUCCGCCUCCGCCUCAGCCACUGCCACGCCCACUGCCAGAAUAGCGCGACACCAGCGACCGACAGCCACGCCCCCAACGCCCACGCCCACGCCCACAGCCACCACCUCAGCUUCUGUUACUGUAGUUGUGUUCAAAACAAUGUUACCUGAUGACUGAAUUAUUUUAGAAUCGUACACGUAGAGCAUGUUUUAUUAUGAUUACCACACUAUGAUUACCACUUACGAUUUACAAUUUACGAUUUACAAUUUACGAUUUACGAUUAUGAUUACGAUUAUGAUUACGAUUACGAUAUGAGUAUGUCUGGAUAUCAUUACCUAUUAACUAUUCAUUAGUUAUGGCUUAUCGAUUAUUACUAUUAUUACUAUUUACUAUUUACUAUUGCUACAUGCAUAAUGUAGAGCCUAAUUGAUCUAUCGUGUAUUUUAGUUUGUCUAAUUGUUGGAUCCCUGUACUAUAUCCCACACACACAUAACACAUAAACACAUAACAUAUAAACACCAUAUUUGAUCCUCACCCCCAAACACACACACAAACUCACACACAAUCAUUACUAAGGAAGGAUACGCAUAUAUGUGCAAAGUUGAAACAUUUUAACCAUGUAAUUCUUUUGUGUUCUCGCUGAAUGGAGAAGGAGCGAUUAACAGAGAGAGAGUGUUAAACGAGUAGGAUUAUGAGUAUGUAGCGAGUACGUAGCGAGUACGUAGCGAGUAUGUAACGAGUAUGUAAUGAGUAUGUAAUGUUUACGUAGCCACAAUGCCACUUACAGCUAUAGCAAGCAUUUAGGAUGCGUGCAUAUGUCAGUUAUCUAUUUUUUUUUUUUUAACUAAAGAUCUAAAAAUCUAUAUAGAGUAACGAGGAGGAGGAGAGCGAAGCAGGGCGGGAGAUUCAACCACAUAAAGUAUAAAUAGUAGAGUCCAAGUAGCUAGCUUAGUGUACAUCCGUUUUUCGGGGCAGAGGAGUAGAGCAAUUUGUCAAUGAGAAAGGGGGUGGUGGGGUGAGCGGAAUAGGAAACGGAAACGGAAACUGGACUGCCAGAUCGGAAUCACACAUCAACCAUUAAGAGAACUUCGCUCGCAACUAUUGCAGAAUUAUACUGUUAGAUACUGUUAAUUAUCGAACCCAAAAGCCCCAAAACCCCAACCCCCCCCCCACACACACACACACUAUACCUAAGUUAAGAACGCAUAAUCACAUACUACACAUAAAUUACGCAUAGUACAUACAAGAAACAGAGAUAAGAAAAUGAAAAAAACAAAGAUAAGAAAUGAAAGAAA